CUGGCUCUUUUUUCACCGAGAGAUGAGCUGCUAAUCUCAAUUGUAAUGGACUCACCCAAAAACUCAUUGAACCAAAAAAUCCCAUGUUUCAGCCGUGAAAACCCUCAGCUUGCUGAUGAAUGUUUAAUACUUUUUCCAUUUCUACCACAGCUUUAGCCUCAUUCUUUCCCCACUGUUCAUCCAAACUCCUUGUCUUUUCUUUUCUUUCUUUUUACCUGCAGAUGGGAAAUACCACGGAAACUUCCCAUUUUGUUUCCAAAAUCCCAAAGGAGCACGAUGUCUUCAUGGGUUCUUUAUACACAACCUUCUGUAUUCUGUCACUCUUGGGAAAUGGCAUCCUGCUCCUUGUUGCGUAUCGUAAGAGAUCAUCUCUCAAGCCGGCGGAAUUCUUCAUCAUAAAUUUAUCUAUUAGUGACCUGGGGAUGACAGUUACUCUCUUUCCCUUGGCGAUUCCAUCCACCUUUGCUCACAAGUGGCUGUUUGGAGAGCUGACAUGUUUAUACUAUGCUGUAUGUGGUGUCCUCUUCGGCUUAUCCAGCCUGACAAAUCUCACCGCACUGUCGUCCGUCUGCUGCCUCAAAGUCUGCUUCCCAAACUAUGGUAACAAAUUCUCCUACUCUCAUGCCUGUCUGAUGAUAGUGGGGGUGUGGUGCUAUGCCAUGGUGUUUGCUGUGGGUCCCUUGGCAAAUUGGGGUCACUAUGGCCCUGAACCUUACGGAACAGCAUGCUGCAUAGACUGGUAUGCACCAGGCCAGGAUGCUCUGUCCAUGUCGUACAUUAUAUGUCUCUUCCUCUUCUGCUAUGCCCUGCCUCUUGCCAUCAUCCUCCUCUCCUACAUACUGAUUCUCAUCACUGUACGAGGGUCACGGCAGGCAGUACAGCAACAUGUGUCACCACAGACCAAGACAACAAAUGCCCAUAUCCUUAUUGUGAAGCUCUCAGUGGCGGUGUGCAUCGGUUUCCUGACUGCCUGGAGCCCUUAUGCUGUUGUGGCAAUGUGGGCUGCAUUUGUGGAACCCAGUAAAGUUCCCCCUUUAGCCUUUGCAUUAGCAGCUAUCUUUGCAAAAUCCUCCACCAUCUACAACCCUGUGGUGUACCUUGUAUUUAAGCCCAACUUUCGCAAAUCUCUGAGCAGGGACACCGCUCAAAUUCGAAAACGAAUAUGUUCCAGCCCAUGCAAAGGAAGCCCUGUGCCUGGUGAGAAGGAUCUUCAACGGAAAACAUCUCUACGUUGCAACAAAGAUGCUAGCAAUUCCACUCGACUCUCCAAUGGCUUGGUGGACAGUUUUCAUUGCACAGAGGCGGACCCUCAUUGUCAACAGACCCCACCUCAAAGGACUGCCUGUGUGUUGAUCGGUACAUCCUACAGCAAGGUGACUGUGAGUCAGCUGCCGGAGAAGAUGCAAGCUGACCUUCUGUGAAGGCCCUGUAGGCUCUCGUCAUGCCAGCAAUAGGACAAAUGUGAGGAAUAGAUGGAUGGGCAGCCUUAAAAUGAAACUUCUGGCCACUAGAGAUAAGCUUAAUGUGUCAGAGACAAACUGUGGUCACUUCUGAUACUUAUGUCACAUAUUAGGGGCUGCAAAAUAAUUGA